UUGUAUUGUUCUUUGCCCAACCCUAGGAAUGUCCGUUUUGAAUCCGUAAACAUGAAGAAUGUUCUUCGCUGGUCAGCACCGGCAGGCACAGGAGAUGGAGUACUCUACAAGGUGAAGUAUUCAGUAUAUGGUGUUGGCAAAUGGAUUAGAAAGCUGGAAUGCAGGAAUAUCUACAGAACGUGGUGUGACCUCUCCAGUGAGACCUCUGACUAUGAAGAACAAUACUAUGCAAGCGUUAAAGCCUUCCUAAAUGGGAGGUGCUCUGACUGGAUAGAGACAGCACGAUUCAACCCUCUUACAGACACUAAAAUUGAUCCACCCGUGGUAAGUGUAUCUUCUACUGAGAAAUCUAUUUCAAUCAUUCUGACUGCUCCUGAGAAGUGGAAGAGAAGUCCUGAGGGAGAAUCUGUAUCUCUUCUUCAAGUGUAUCCAGGCCUGCAAUACAAUGUGUCUGUCCUCAACAAAAAAACAAAGAAGCGGUGGUUCUUCUCCAUCAGCAACAACACCUUGCUUGUGCCGUGGUUAGAACCUGGAACAGCUUAUUGUGUCAGUGCACAGAUACAUGUCACCACACCACUUUUGCACAGUGGGUUCUCCAAAGAAUAUUGCAUUUCUACCUUGAAAGAUAAAGCAGCAGAUGAGACUACAACAAUCAUAUUUGGAUACGUUCUGCCUGUAAUGCUGACUGUCCUUUUUAUUUCAAUGGCAUACUAUUGUGUGCACAGGUAUAUUCAUGUCAUCAAACAGAAACAUCCAAAAAGCCUGGUGUGGCACUACACUGACAAAUGCAAUGAAAUGGUUUUCAUACCACAUGAAAAAGUCAACCCCAUCACUGUUAAUGUGGAUGAGGACAAGCCAUCUCAGGAAUCUGAACAUCUAUCAGAAAGCAGAAGUCCCCAUUAUUACAAUGUUUACAGUGGCACCAAAAGGGAGGAUUUGCCUUCAAAAGAAGUGCUUGAAACAAAACAUUUGCUUGAUACUUCACACAAAAUGGAUAUUUUAGCAGGAGGCAGCCAAAGUGGGAAUUUGCCAUGUUAUGGCCAGCCAGAAACAAAGAAUACUUUAAGACAGAAACAUUCAGAAACUGUGGAGUAUGAACAUGAUGUAAGGGCUGAAGACUUCAGUCCCAGUCAGAAACUAGAACAGAAUACCUCUGCCUUCAGAGGACUAAUAGAUGAGCCACAGAUGCCUUUGAGGGACCUGGUUAAUAUGAAAACAGGACAGCCAUAUUGUCCCCAACUAGAGAUGAGGGCAUUAGACCCUUGUUUGGGACAGAAAAUAGAGGAACUUAAUUUGAAGAUGGUUGAUGCAUCAGGUGAACAGCCCAUGUUAGUAGAUUGGGAUCCUCACACAGGAAGACUGUAUAUUCCUGCCUUGUCCAGUGUUGAAAAUCAGGUGUGUGAAGGAGUAUUCAAGGUUGAUGAUCCUGACAAAGAAGGAAUUUUGUUCAGACUAUAUGAGAAAGAGAUGUCCGAUGAAUCAUCAGAGGACCCAGAAAUGUAUUUCCUGCAAUUCAAGGAACAAUGGGGGCUGCAUGUAGAAAUGGAAGACUGA